AUGGCUGCUCAGCGAGAAGACUCCACCACCAAGCCACCCGUCUUCGCUGACACCUGGGAAGCAAAGGCGGCGAACAACGCAAGUGCCACCGAGGUUAUGAAAUCUUUCGAAGGAUUUCUCUCCUUCGUUCUCAGCCUUUCCAUCUUCGGUGCUUCGACUUUCGCCGUCGUCGUGUCGGAAAUCGCGAACCCUAGCGAACUCGUAGCGAACCCACGCUUCACCCGUGAAACCGUUCGAACCCUGCUUGGCAUCUCUUGGUUACUCUUUAUCGUUGCGCUUUAUAUAGUGGCUGUUUCCAUGAGCCUCCUAGCAUUCCAGCGAGAGCAUGCUAAGCCAUCGUCCGAUGGCAUUGGUAAACAUGGAUGGGAGCGCCUAGGGCUCGUAGCUUCAUCCUUCAUUCAACUCCUGGUAAUCGCGGCAUUUCUAUUCCUUUCACUUGUCCUUGUGGCAUACACUCCAGCGGUUGGGUGGGUUGCAGUUGCAUUCACUUCGAUAGCGGCAGCCUUCGCCCUCCUGUCGCUCGUAAUUCAAUGGAUCGAACUUUCUAGGCACAAACCCGGCACGUGUUUGUAG